AUGAAAAAAUUCACCUUAAUAAUAACAUUCAUUCCUUUCCUCUUGUUGCUGGCAACUCAUCGAGGGGAACCUUUAUACAUCCCAAGACAUAACCCCUCGUCAGCAUCCAUACAUUCUAAAUUACAAGAAGAUGGUUGUGCUAAUAUACAUAAUAAAUUCAAAAAUGCUGGAACCAAAGAAGGUCUUCUCUUCCCCUUUUCGGAUUUAAAAGCUUGUUAUGAAUCUUUUGCUUUUGAUAAUGAAAGAAGAAUUGAUACCAUCGAUACCAUGAAGAAAAUUUUCAACGGAUUCUAUGUGUUUACCGAUCAAGCGAAGGAACAACCAAGUCAAGGGUAUAACUAUGAAGCGAUGGACAUCAUAAGUGAAUUUGAUAAAUUGAGUCAAAAGGAAUAUGCAACCGAUUUUGAAUUCACGAUGGAUGCUACUAAUUUGGUUACCAAAUUAAAAGAUCCGCAUACCUUGUUUUUCCCAAUAUGUUACACGCGGUUUAUUUUCACGCAAAAAAUCUUGUUAUAUGCUAAAUUAGAAGAUGAAACGCAUAAAAUUAAAGUUUUCAAGGACAGCGCCGAAACAGAAAAUGAUGAUUGUGAAGUUGAACAAAUCGAUGGUGUCGCGGCUAUCGACGUCAUCACGGAAUUUGCAAGUGACAAGGUUUUUGUUUCGAAAGAUCUUGGUGUCAGAUUAAACAUGGCAUUACCAGCUCUUUCGUUACAACAAGGAACUUAUCAACUUCACCCUAGAUCCGCUCUAUACAAUCUGCCUGCUAUAAAUAAUCUUGAUGACCUUAAUAAAUUCACCGAUGCCAACUCUUAUUGGGAAAGUCUUUGUGCAAAUCCAUCUUCAUCUCAAUCAAAGUCAUCGAAAAAACCUAAGCAAAAUACUAAAUCAAAAAAAUCCAAACAACAAAAACACAACCCUAAAAAGCCCAAGGUUAACCCUUUCCCUUUUAAUGCUCUUUAUGAUGCCGAUCCAUUUGCAGUCAAUUCGGAAGUUUUGAAAGAAUUAAGUCCUUCAGUUGAUGUUGGAAAACCUGUUUUUGAAACUAUAAACGCUCAAUUUUAUAUGUUGGAAAAUGAUGUUGGUGUUGCCGUACUUGCAUCUAAUGAUAUUGGACCUGAGAUUUCUGAUAUCACCAUCGCGAAUUCAUUCCGAGACUUGCAAACCGGUUUCAAAACAUUAGCCGAUAACGGUGCCAAAAAGCUCGUCCUGGACAUGUCAAAUAACGAAGGGGGACUUAUUGUCAUUGCUCAUUUCAUUAAUUUGCUUUUAUUUCCUGAUGCAAGUCCGUCAUCACCAUCCAAUUUUAGACUUACCGAUAUCGUAAAGAAAGCCAUUGAAAAAGCAGGCGAUAACAAUAAUUCAAUUUUUAACUUUAAUGGAUAUUUAACCGUAGAUGAACAAAACUUCAAUAGCGCAAGUGAAUUUCUUGAAUCAAAAUUCAUUGAAAAUGAUAUAGGUCCUAUUAGACAAUUUCUUUCCGACCAGGAACCACUUCCAUGGAAAUCGUCUGAUAUGAUAAUUUUAACAAACGGAUUCUGCGGGUCUUCAUGCUCUUCAACUUCUUUGCUUUUUUCCGAAUUACACAAAGUUCAAACCGUUGCAGUGGGGGGAUUUCCAAAUACCCCAUUAUCUUUCAGUUCAUUUGCCGGUGGUCAAGUUUACCUUCUUGACGAUCCUUUGAAACGGGGAUUUGAUUUACAAAAUGAUAUCAAUUCAUUAGGUUUAGUUGAUGAUCCUGAAUUUGCCAAAGAUCUUUCAACCAACGUUAUGGUCACAUUUUCCAUAAGGAGAGCUUUUAGUGUCGUUAACAAUGAAGAAGUUCUUGAGUACGCUUUUAAACCUUCCACGCAUCAUAUUUUCUUUGAUGAAAAUAGUAUUAGGGAUCCAAGUAAAUUGUGGUCUCAAGCUUCAUCUCUGAUAAACUCUUAA